GGAUUCUGGUUGCCAUGGAGACGCCUAAGGAAAGCAAAGAGCGCAGCGACCAGACCGUACCUGAUGGAGGUGAAGAGGAGGAGGAAGAGGAGAAGGUGCGAGGAGUUCAGGCUCAUUACCUGCGCUGCCCGUCUCCCAGCUUCUCCACAGCUUCAGACUCCAGGUUUUCCCUGAUUUCUGGUUCUGACGCCGCCAGCAUCUUCAUGGAGCCCAUCCACCUGUCCUCCGCCGUCGCUGCCAAGAAGAUCAUCAAUGAAGAGCUUCCGCCUCGCGCCAUCCGGACGGAGUCCAUCCCAGAGUCCAUGCUUGAGUCUGCUGAGCAGCUGAUGGUGGAGGACCUCUACAACCGAGUUCGUGACAUGAUUGAUGACCGCAGCCCAUACAACACUCCCUGUGUGCUGGACAUCCAGAGAGCCAUGAUCCAGGACCGCCUGGAGGCUCCCGCCAACCCCGUGGACGAGGUCUGGCCCAACAUCUUCAUCGCUGAGAAGUCCGUUGCAGUCAACAAGGCCCGUCUAAAGAGAAUGGGCAUCACUCACAUCCUGAACACGGCUCAUGGCACUGGGGUCUACACCAACGAGUCCUUCUACGCCGGCAUGAACAUCCAGUACAGGGGAAUCGAGGUGGAUGACUUCCCUGACGCUGACAUCGCGACUCACUUCAGACCCACUGCUGAAUUCCUGGACGAGGCUUUGCUCACGCACAAAGGAAAAGUUCUGGUUGUUUCCAUGAUGGGCAUCAGUCGGCCUGCCAUUCUGGUAGCCUCCUACCUGAUGAUCUUCCAGAACAUGACCAUCAUGGAAGCUCUAACUGCCAUACGGAAAAAACGACCCAUCAACCCAAACGAAGGCUUCCUGAAGCAGCUGCGAGAGUUCAAUGAGAACCUGAUGGAGGAACGCGACGACGAUGACGAAACGCUCAGCCAGUGCUCCGUGAUCGACGCCCGGACCCGCGCCCGGAUCUUUGGCGAAGACGAAGGAGACGACGACGAUGAGACGGAUAAAGAGGACGAGCAAAGCAUGGUGGAGGUUAAAGCUCAGUCCAUCAUGAUGGAGGAGGAGGAGGACGGAGAGAGUGUGAUGAGCAGCGUCGCUUCAUCUGCGGCCGCUGCGGCACUUCGGAGCGGGAUGAUCCCGAAUGGCAUUCAGAGCCAGGAAUUGGCUCAAAAGGAAAUAGUCCUGCCCGAUCAGACUGCUGGGGGAGACGGAGGUCACGAUGAUGACGAUGGCUUGGACAGCAUGAUCCGCGAGUGGCAGCGCAGAAAUGAAAAGUACCAGAGCGAUGAGUGGUGGGAGGCCCAGCUUAACGGCGAGGAGGAGGACGGGGACUCUCUCACGGGCGGACGUCCAAAGAAGACGAGGCAAGAAGACAAUGAUGGGGAGAGUGUCACCAGUGAGGACAUAAGAGCCGUUAAAGAGAGAUUAAAGUACAGAAAUAAGAGAGCGUCUUCGGACACAAUGUCCACCUCCAGCGUCACGAGUUACUCUGAUCUUUGGAAGCAGCGUUUGAAAGAGAUUGAGGAACAAGCAGCAGCUCGCUAUCGCAAAACAGAGGACGACGAAGGCAGCGAGAGCGCAGCUACAGAAGGAGGAAACAAGAACAUUGAUGAUGAAAUUGACAGCAUCCUCUCAGACACAAGUUCCAUGUACAAUUUUUGCCGGAAGAAUAAGGAAAAGAUGACACCUUUGGAGCGGUGGCGUGUCAAGAGGAUCCAGUUUGGCUGGAACAAAAAGGACAGAGAGGAUGGAGAGAAAAGCUCAGUAGCCGGUGGAGACGAGGAAUCUAAGACGGAACCUAAGACUCCGUCUUUCCAGGACGUCAACCUGACAGCGUACCAAGCGUGGAAGCUGCGGCAGCAGAAACGUCUCGGGGAGGAAAACACGGAGGAAAUUCUGGAGCUUAGCCGGGGUGAGGACUCUGCUACCAUCAAACGACGGCAAAGACGCGAGGAGAUUCUGGAGCGUUCCAAGAAAACUUUGGAAGAAAGCCAGUCGGUUUGUGGUUGGGAGACAGAAAGCUGCGUCAGUGGCGGUACCAUACCUCUGUCUGCUUUCUGGGCUGGCGCGGGGGUCACAGGACCACAGAACGCCGCCAGUGACGACAAUAUGUCCAUGCUGAGUGGCAGAUCGUCCGUCAUAUCCUCUGUUUCGCAGCCUCGAAGUACAAGGUCCACUCAGUCCGCCGUUCAAGCGGUACCACCAAUCCUCCCUGUUCCGACUGUCCAAGGGCCCGGAGGGGAGCCGAUGGUCAAUCUCGCUAGCAUACAGAACUGGAUUGCUAAUGUUGUGACUGAAACAAUCAAGCAGAAGCAAAGCGAGAUGAGUCUGCCUCCUCCGUCAAGGGCUGGAUCUGAGCUUAGCUUUGGCGGAGCGGCUAGCAUUCUGGCAGGCCGUGCCGUGGAGGAUGACAAGGCAUCUUUGAUCAGCGGAGCGUCGUACUCUAGCACUCUUUCAAAGGAUCGGGGCAGAGCAACUUCUGUCCUCACAGGCGAUGGGUCGAGUAGCAUCUCCGGCCUGACUGGACGACGCUCAACUCUGGGAACAGACUUAGGCUCCACUCUUGGCUCCAAGAAAAACAAGAUCACCACCACCAGCGUUCCUCUUUUCAGCCUCUUUCAAGACCAAGUCAACCUGGGAAAACUGGACGCCAUUGAUAAAGAGAUUAAAUCUGAAAUGAGGGAUAAAAUGGAAACCUACGAGAAGAAAAAGAUCCUGGAGGACAACAGACGCAGCACUCUGUACAAGAAAAAGAAAGCAAAGGAAGACGAAGACGAGGAACAGGAAAGAAAGAGGAAGGAGGAGGAGUUUCUUGAAGAAACAACGAAAAAAGAGAAACCAAAAAGAAGUUUUGGCCUUUCUGGCUGCCUUAAUCUAAACCCAGCUUUAGAAAAAGACAGGAAUACAAGUGUUGACGACUGGCUGAAAAGUGUAAGACCUCCCCCAAAGACAUUAUCCUCCGCUGCAGAAGCUGAUUCGUCUCAGGAUCCGUACGAUGAUCUCGAAGCCUCUGCUUCCGAAUUUGACUUCUCGAGUCACAGAGGCUCAUGUUCUGUUGAAGAAGACGAGGAGGAGACAUAUGGCUCAAUAUCCAGAUAUCAGUCCAGGUUCCAAGAAAAUCAAUCAAGGGAAGAUACAGGCUACUCCUGCAACGGGUUAACCCAAUCCCACAGCUACAGCCGAGGAGGCCGAUCUUAUGGAGCUUAUGAGGAGAGCGAAGAGGGAACACAGAGCUUUUCAUCCAACAGGAGAUUCGUCCAUCAUUCACGAUACGCCAGCAGCGAGACUGAAGGAAGAAGACGAAGGCAAGAGGAGGGUAGCGAAGAUGAGGAAGAUGAUGUUGCAACAUUUAUCGCUCAAACUAGACAAAGGAUCAGGGCUCGGGCUGCAGCGGAGGCUGAGGACGACGAGGUCCUGGCAGCAUGGAAGGCACAGCAGGACGCAAAGUCCCAGCGCAGAGUGUUAGGAGAUCAAGAAUGAGAGAUUUAAUUUCAAAACUUUGUGACAAAAUAAACUGUUUGGCGUUUCUGUCACCAAUAGAAGGAUGCUCUGGAAUAAUUCAAAGGUAUUGGACUCGUUUUCUCUCUUUGGUUUAAAAAGUUUGAAUGUUUUAAAUGUCUGCACUGUCACCAUCUACUGGCCACAUUUAGGUAUCUCAACAUAGGUUUUAUUUUCCUCUAUUCUAAUUGUAAUUUCAAAGCAAAGGGAAAAUAUAAUUUUAAAGAAAGUCUGGAUCAAAGAAGGAUAGAUUAUUGAAGACACAUUUAUCUAUAUUAUAAAACAAUUUCAUCCAUAUUAUUAUUAGAUAAAGCAUUUUCUUUUUUGUUGCACCAGAGUGAAAAA